UAAAAAAUAAAAAAAUAAAAAUCCCACCUUUAAACGCAUUCCCCACUACCAGCAGCAUCAUCUUUGUUUCCACUUUUUUCGAUUCUUCUGAAUCACUGCAAAAAAUUCUCUCUAUAUUCCUCAAUGUAUAUACACAAGUGUUUAGUUCAUCUGCGCCGAUGAAGUAAACCUCCUUUUUUUUGGGGGGAGGAGGAUAAAACCGUUCUCGAAUCUCAGGUGUUUGAUCUGCUAUUUGCAUCGCCGUAAUUGCUUAAAAAAACUGUUAAUUUUUUUUGGGGGUUUGUUUGAUUUUUGCCCUUUGUGAAAUGGGUACGAACAAGCGAGCCAAGUUCGACUCGCUGAUCUCACUGAGCCGGUUCCGAUCGAUUCAAAUAUUGUCGUGCCUGCUGUUUCUGUAUCUGGUUUUCAUCAGCCUCGAGAUUCCGAUGGUUUUGAAAACUGGGUUAGGGUUAGAAGCGCCCGAGGUGGAGCCCACCUUAACCCUCAUUUCCCGCCCCUUGUUCAGGGCCGAAAUCGACAACCAGCUCUCCAAGAAGGAGAAGCACAAAUUGGUUUUCCGCACGCAGGAGCGGAAAAUGGGGGAGUUCAACAGGAUAUCGGGCCUCAUUUUCGACGACAACGCGUUCGACAGUGUGGGGAGUGAUGAAUUCUCUCAGUUGCACAGGGUGGUUAGGGAUGCGUUUGCCUCCGGCAAGGUAGUGUUGGAGGAUUUGAAGUCCGGGAAACUGCAGAGGGAGGUGGAGAACCGCACAACGAAGAGGGCAGAGGAGGAACCGUGCCCUAAUUCGGUGGUUUUGUCGGGAGAUGAUUUUGUGAAGAAGGGGAAAAUGAUGGUUAUACCUUGCGGUUUGUCUUUGGGGUCCCACAUUACGGUUGUGGGGAGGCCUCGGUUGUCAUCGUUUUGUCACUUUUAUGUACCUAUAGUAAAUUACAAUUGUGGCGUCCAAAAUUGUGUUCUUGCCCCUGGAAAUAACAUGUUAUUCAUGAACUUUUUUCGAUUGUACGAAGUUGAUGGACAGGUAAAAUGUGAGAAAUGGAACCGUGACGAUGACAGCGGGUCCGAAGAAUCAAAGGCCACAUGGUGGUUGAAAAGGUUGAUCGGUAGGACAAAGAAGGUUACCGUUGAUUGGCCAUUUCCUUUUGCAGAGAACAAAUUGUUUGUGCUUACACUUAUUGCUGGAUUGGAAGGUUAUCAUAUUAAUGUAGAUGGGAGACACAUUUCAUCCUUUCCUUAUCGCACUGGUUUCACUCUCGAAGACGCCACGGGACUUUUUAUGAAUGGGGAUGUUCACAUUCAUUCGAUAUUUGCUGCUUCUUUGCCUACUUCACAUCCGAGUACUGCUCCUCGUAAGCAAUUGGAGCUAUCUUCCAAAUGGAAAGCACCAAAAAUUCCCACUGAACCUGUGGAGCUCUUUAUCGGGAUUCUCUCUGCUGGCAAUCACUUUGCCGAGCGGAUGGCGGUUAGAAAAUCGUGGAUGCAGUAUAAAACGGUCAAGUCUGCUAAUGUUGUCACUCGUUUCUUUGUGGCAAUGCAUGCUAGAAAGGAAGUGAAUGUGGAGCUGAUGAAAGAAUCGGAGUAUUUUGGUGAUAUUGUUAUAGUGCCUUAUAUGGAUAACUAUGACCUCGUUGUACUCAAGACUAUUGCAAUUUGCGAAUACGGGGUUCGCACGGUGGCGGCCAAGUAUAUAAUGAAAUGUGAUGACGACACAUUUGUGAGGAUAGAUGCUGUAAUAACGGAGCUGAACAAAAUCGAAAGUGGUAGAAGUUUCUAUGUUGGGAAUAUCAACUAUUACCACAAACCUUUACGACAUGGUAAAUGGGCAGUCACAUAUGAGGAAUGGCCGGAAGAGGCGUAUCCACCAUACGCAAAUGGACCUGGUUAUAUUGUAUCAUCCGACAUAGCACAAUACAUUGUGUCUGAGUUCGAGGAACAUAAACUAAGAUUAUUCAAGAUGGAAGACGUUAGCAUGGGAAUGUGGGUGGAGCAGUUCAAUAGCUCAAGGCCAGUCGAAUACGUGCACAGUUUGAAGUUCUGUCAAUUUGGAUGUAUAGAGGGUUAUUAUACUUCACACUACCAAUCUCCGAGACAGAUGACUUGCUUAUGGCAUAAAUUGCAACUCCACGGCAAACCCCUUUGCUGCAACAUGAGAUGACCGCUCGAGAAUUUCAGACCACUACAAGCCAAAGAAACAGAGCUUCUCGUUUAGCUUGUACAUAGUUCGAAUAGCUGAUCCUUGAGUAGGGGGGGCGUAUCUGUCAUUUUCUAGAUGAUUUAUUUAUUUUUCCAUCCACGAUGUCUUGCGGCCUCAUUUUUGUAACUGCUAGGAAUCAGUUUUACUCUUUGAUUUAUGUGAAACUAUUUGUAACACCAACACUAUUCCACUAAUAUAUCAACUCUCUACUUUUUUUUUGGUA